GUGUCAUUGCCCCCUUUUCUUUUUUGUGUGGUCCAAAGGUGUUAUUGCCUUUCAAACGCAGAAAAAAGGCAGUGCUCGAGAAAUAAUGUCCUUCCCAUAAACACAAAGCCUCCUCGAAAACAACAAUUUCCCGAUCCCAAACUGAUAACCCUAGUUCGCGUCCUCGUUUCUCACCGCUCAAGCUCAGACCAUGGACGGCAUGAACCACGGCCACCUGCCCGGCACAAAUGGGAUGCCGACGAUACCCCACCGCCCCGCGAUGAUGACGAACCACAUGACCUUCUUCUGGGACACGCGCGCUGAGAUCCUCUUCUCCGGUUGGCCGGGCACCCGGACCGGCAUGUACGCCGUCGCCCUCGUCUUUGUCUUUGCCCUAUGCCUCCUCAUCGAGUGGCUCUCCCACAGCCGCCUCCCCGUCCCCGCCAAGCGGGGCUUUGCGGCCGGCGUCCUCCAGUCGCUGCUGCAUGUGCUGCGCAUGGGGCUCGCAUACCUCGCGAUGCUCGCCCUCAUGUCCUUCAAUGUCGGCGUCUUCCUCGCGGCCCUCGCCGGGCACGCGGUUGGGUUCCUGGCGUUCGCCAAGUCGGAGGAGGCGCGCCCUCCUCCGUACGCGGGGAAGGCCACUGCCGAUCUACCUCCGAUGAGCUGCUGAUGCGUGGCAGGAGUGAGGUGGGUUGUGAUACUUUAGACACGAAAUGGAUUGAUAUUAUGAUGAUAAGUGGUGGUGUCGUGGAGAGUUACGACAUGACAGUGGAAUGGAGAUAAGUGUUUGUUUGCUCUUCUUACAUUUCUAAAGAUCAUCGAAUGAUAUGAUUUACAUCGUUUUGUUGAAGCUGGAGACAAGUUGAAAUAGAUAGUCAUGAGCCCUUCUUUAAUGC